AUGCGAACCAGACACUGCGCCAAGAAAAAUAACCCGCCGGUAACUGCAGCGCGUCGUUCCGGGAAACAUCUUGUCGUGGAAAGCCGCCCCGGACUUUCCAGCAACCUGUCUUCUAAAUACACCGAGAUGGCCCCGGCUGGGAGAGGAAGGCCAAGGAGUUGUGCAAUCUCACAGCAGAGAGGUUGUUCUGCUCCGGCCGGUUACAGCAUGCGGACCGUAGUACAUACUUACUACACCUCCGCCAGCGAGUCCGAGUGUGCGCGUGAGGGCCGUCAUAGCUAUAGGGAGAGUUGA